CAGUUAUAAUUUGGAGUAGCACAUGAACAGUUCACUUCUAAAACUCUCAGUAAAAUUGGUUAUAGUAAUUUCAGUUUUCCCUUAAAAUUUGUUGUCGAAAAAAGUAAAAUUUUAUACAAAACGUCGACAAGAGGUUUCGUGAGAAUUUCUAUAAUUUAAUAGGCCUUUAUACGAAGCAGUCUUUGAUAUCAGAAUAAAUAUACCAUGACCGACAAAGCGAACGAAAGCGAGAGCAUGAGUUUGGGAUCGUGGGAAACCAAUGGCUUUCUGAACUUCAUGCGCACCUUCCGUCCACAAAGCAACAUGGGUUGGUUGGAUUUCGCCGAGGAGAGUGCCAGGUGCUGGAAGAGAAUGAGCCAGGAGGAGAAGAAUAGCUAUCGUGGUAGCCACAUGAGGUUGAAUGCCAUGUAUAUGGACGAUGAGAGUGCCAAGAGACUGAGUGAAAUGUGCAAUCAUCCCAUGGGCAAGCAGCGUAGUGCUCCCAGGGAAAAAUCUUGUUCCUCACCGAGAAAGUCCUGUGCCAAACCAAGGAAGUCCUGUGCUGCGCGCCAUAGGAAGGCGGCCUGCUCCAAGCCCCGGAGAUCCCCGUGUGCCAAGCCAAAGUGCAGCAAACCUGGUCCCGUGACGAAUAAUGGCUACUUGAAUUUUGUGCGCUCUUUUCGCAAGAAGCACUGCGGCCUGAAGCCCCAGGAACUGAUCAUCGAGGCUGCCAAGGCUUGGUCGAAGCUCUCGGAGGAGAAGAAGGAUCGGUACCGCCGCAUGGCCUGCAAGGUCACCCACAACGAACGCCACAAGCGCCGUCGCGUCUGCAAUCGAUGUUAAAAGCUCAAAUUGGCGGUACUGAGAUUUAAUAUCUGAAGUCCCGCGUCUGCAAUGGGUGUUGGUGGGUGAAAAUAAUGUCCUCAAGUACCGGUAUCAGUUUCCAUUUCCAUGCUCUCUUUUGGCCUGCAAAUUGUGGUUUUCAUAUUCAUAAUUAAGAGCGUCGUCGAAUUCGAAAUAAAAAUCU